AGGUGUAUUCAGAAGGAAUACGUCAUUGUCGCGGAGUAUAAAAUACUUAUAUUGCAUUACGAUCUAUCCCAAAUGCAACAAUAAGUUCUUUACAUUAUUGUAACGAUUAUAUAAGAAUUAAAAUUUUCAGAAAUAAAAACGAAUGCACACGUGAAUAUGGGCUGAGUAAACGAAUACAAAAACAACAAAAAACAGAUGGAGGUCUUGGGAGGUCUAGGUGUAGUAGAUUGGGUCAUUUUUGGGUUGGUUCUAGUAGUUCCCCUGUUCCUAACAGUGUUCCUGGGAGUAUGGAAGGGAGGAACUCAAACAAACUCCGCAUAUUUGCUUGGGAACAGGAAUCUUUCAUUUUUCCCUGUAGCUCUAUCCCUAGCUGUAUCCUACCUAUCAGCAGUCACUAUUUCAGGUGUUCCAGGAGAAGUAUACUACUAUGGAACACUGUUCCCCUGGACCUACCUCCUCGCUGUUAGUUUUGCUCUUAUUACUUUACCCAACAUAUUCAUCCCUGUCUUUCAUAAGAUGCAUCUGACCAGUGUUUAUGAGUACCUAGAGCUAAGAUACAGCUCUAGGUUGGUGAGAAGACUGGGAUCCUUAACCUUCAUUGUAACAAUCAUUCUUUAUCUAGGAGUAGCACUGUAUGCACCAUGUAUCAGUUUAUCCUUGAUGACUGGUGGACCUGUCUGGGCAUUUAUAAUCGGUUCCGGACUAUUCUCAGUUCUCGUUACAGCAUUCGGCGGCCUUAGAACAGUCGUCUGGACGGACGCAUGGCAGGCUGGAAUAAUGAUCGCAGGAUUGAUCGGAAUGAUAGUUCUGGGGUUGAGGACGGAUCCUGAUGGAUUUAGCGGAGCGUGGUUCAAUUCUGUCUCCAGGGGUAGGAUACAGCUGGCAGAUUGGUCUACAGACCCAACCCAGAGAACAUCAACCCUUAGUAUUUUCUUCGGGCAGCUAAUUCAGUGGGGAACUAUUUUCUCCUGUCACCAAACCCAAGUACAAAGAUUCUGCUCAACAAAAUCAAUCUCUACUGCACGUUGGUCCCUAGCUGUGAAUCUUUUAGUAAUCUGGAUAAUCAACCUGGGUGCAAUACUAGCUGGGCUGGUCAUCUUUAAUACAUUCAGGGACUGUGAUCCACUCACUACAGGACAAAUUCAGAAAACGGAUUCUAUCGCGACAUAUUUUGUACAAAAGUUUCUAAUUCCUGUGCACGGCCUCGGAGGUCUCUUCCUUGGAGCUCUGGUCUCUGGUGCUCUAUCAUCUGUAUCCUCUGGACUCAACUCCCUGGCCUCCGUCCUCUGGGAGGAUUUCUUAUCCCAGAGCAAUUGGGCAAUUAACCUGACAGAGGCUAAGAAGGUUGCAAUAACCCGAUGCCUGGCGUCUGGGUUCGGAUUGAUAUCAACAGGGUUAGCUCUAGGUUUCUCCAGGCUAGAUGGAAUACUCAAAGUUGCAGCAACUUCUAUAGGAAUGCUGUCAGGACCUCUUCUCUCGAUCUUUCUUCUUGGAUACUUUUUACCCUUCACCAAUAAAAUAGGUGCAAGUGUAGGUAUAGUGGUGGGGAAUGGAGUAACUAUAUGGGUAGCUGUUGGAGCUCUUUUCCUAACUAAGGGAAUAAGACGACCUGUGCUUGAGACUAGUAUUGAAGGUUGCGACCAGGAUGUAUUUCUACAACUUCACACUAAUUCCUCUUCAUCGUUAGUGGAGUCGGUUACCUCCAAUGAAUUUAGUGGUGUGGAUUAUCUGUACAACAUAUCUCCGUUCCUGUAUCCUGUUCUUGGUUUCAUUGUCUCACUAGUUCUUAUUAUUUUCUUCUCUCUUCUCUCCCUCCCAUGCUGGAAACCACGCCCCCCUCCCUCCCACCUCGUCUACACGUACAGGAGGCGGGGCAGAGAUACUCCACCCCCUCCUUUAGAAACAGCACAAUGGGAGGAUCAGGAUUCACAUUACAGGUGGCCUAGUCCCAGCCUACCCCCGACCUUGAAGAAGCCACGCCCCGGGGAUACAUAUAGGCUGGGGGCGGGGACAGGGAGGACUAGGGCGGGAUUUAUUAGUGGUUAUGAAAACUCCUCCUUCGACAACUGGAGCGAUUCAGGGACUGGAAAGAAGUCGAGUAGUGGAUGGUCAACUUUGAAGUCUCAUAAAAGUGGGUUUAGUGGAUUCUACAGUUCUAGAUUAUAAUUCCUUCAGAUUAAUGAGGGUGCGAGGGGUUAAUGGCAGCUCCAUCCAGUGCAGCAACUCCUCUCUCGUUGAAAAUUCAUAAUCAAGCGAUUUUAUUCUUAACCGUCAAAUGGUUUAAAACUUUUAAAUAAUAGAUCAGUUUCAACAAUAACGUGUUUUUCAUCCAAUUUCAAAACUAUACUACAAAUAGUCAAAUAUGUUUAUCAUUAGGCCAGUUUAUCAAUAUUAGCCUAGAAUAAGGUUUAAAUUUUCAUUCUGUAGAUUUCAAAAGUCUAAAUAUUUGUAGAAUAUGUAAAAAAAUGAAUCUUGUAAUGUUCAAGUAAACCGUGACGCACAUUGAUGGUAACAGUUCGCGUCACAACAAAAAAGUGAAAUUUUCGAAGACAUCAGAUUUGAUUUGUGCUAAUUAUGCCAUUAUAUUUUUCAUACGUUACAACAUUUAUAUUGUACAUAUGCUAGUCUCUAUUAUAGUCUGCUUAUGCCUAGUCGUUAUAACAAUAAAAUAUAAAGUAC